ACUCUACUGCUAAGUGCAACUGUUUCUGAAAAACAUUUCUCAAAUAGUCUUCUACUUGAAAGUAUGGAUGGUGUACAUAGAAAUGAAACUGGCUUACCACAGGACGUUCCCUUGGUGCUGGUCAUAGCUCGUUGCAUAAUUGGUAGUAUUGGCAUUAUUGCAAACUCCAUCGGCAUAUUUGUAUUCGUCUACAACAGGACUUACAAGAAGUCUCUCUCGUUCAAAUUAUUUCUCCAUCAGACUGUGAUUGAUUUGAUUGGCUCUCUGAUGUUUUUGAUCUUCUUCAACAUUAAGGUUCCCGAUGGCACUGCUGGAACAAUAUUCUGUAAAAUGCAAUUUUUCUUCCACUACAUGGUAGUAACAUCAACUUUCAAUUUUGUUAUGCUUACAGUUGAAAGGUACAUUGCUAUCAUCCAUCCACUACUGUAUCGGCAGAAAUCCGUGGGUGGAAAAAUUACAUACCUUUCGCUUAUAAGCCCGCAUGUAUGCGGUAUAAUUUUAACAAUAUUUGUUCCUAUAUAUGCGGAUGUACAAACCGACGUGAAAAUGUGUAUGGUACAGGGAAUGAGUACAGUUGGUGGUAUAUUAUUAAUUACGGUUCAGUUCCUGGUACCCAUUUGCAUUAUGCUGUAUUGUUACGUGAAGAUGCUGUUAAAGUUACACAAGAUACGAAUAGUUAGCCAUGAACUUUCUACUGAAUUUCAACCCAGAAAUGGCGGACAAGUUGAAGGAGUCAAGUCAGAUCUAUUGACGACACUUAUUUUAAUUGCAUUUGUUUAUAUUGUUACAACAAUUCCAGGCUAUGUUUGUACAUUUAUUUACUUCAUAGGAAGUGGUAAUUUUAAUUUAAUAUUUCAGGAGAUCAGUGUACUGUUAAUGGAUUUAAAUCUUACUUUUAAUCCAUUUAUCUACUGUACGUCAUGCAAAGAUUUUCGAAGGGGACUUCGAAAGAUCAGAGAUGACUUAUUCCAUGGUUAGAAUCUCAGAAUCAGGACUAAGAGGGAUACUGUUCUGCCAAAGAUGAGCUAGAAACAAUAAAUAGAAUUAAAUAUUGGAAUUUUAAUUUUAAUAAAUGUAAUUUAUUAGCUUUCCAUUCAAAAUUUGAUGUACUGUACCAGAUAAUGGGCGUACAUGUUAUACCAAUCCCUUAUUGUAUUAGCAAGUUGUUAAAUUUUUAUUUAUAUUUGUAUCUUUGUCAACCUUCUUGUAUUUUUUCAGCCAAUAAUAAUAAUAAUAAUAAAUAAUAAUUGUCGACAUAUAUAGCGC